AUGUCGGACAAGGAUGUGCAGGCAUUGAUGGAGGCCCAACGUCAGAGGGACAGAGAGUUUGUCUCUGCUCAACCGCCAACGACAACAACAAAACCUGGUUACAUUCACAGGUCGCGAGGAGAACUGACUGUUGACCUUCUCAGACAUCAUCUCAUCGCUGACUUCGUCUUUGAUGUUCCGUUUAUUGUUUGCACUGUACAAUGGGUGGAAGGACACUUUGCUGAACUUGGAAAUUUGAUUCCAGUUGACGUAGCUGACUUCCCCCCGUAUUUGAUAGAUUAUAGGGGCAAUAAAUCGGAAUGGUACACAUUUAUCAUGGCAGGUCUCGACGAACCCUCUCGCGAGGAACCAUCCCUGCGAGAAUAUUUGCACUGGCUGAUUGUCAACAUACCGGGAAAUAGAACUCACGAUGGGACCGAACUUUAUAAGUACAAAGGUCCUAAUCCUGCUAACGGCACAGGCCUGCAUCGACACGGGAUCGUUGUUUAUAAGCAACCUAGAAAACUGAUAUUCGAUGAAAAAUCUAUCAAGUCUCCGUGA